GAUAUUAUUUAUAGAGUAAUGUAGAAUUUGGUUGCUCACAUCUUACAUCUCACAUCUCACAUCCUCUUAGUCUGAAAAUGGAUCUUGCCCCAGAAGAGCUUCAAUUCCUUACCAUCCCCGACAUCCUACGAGAAUCAAUCUCAAUCCCAAAGCGUUCUCCGAAAACAUUUUACCUCAUUACCCUCAGCCUCAUCUUCCCCCUCUCCUUCGCGAUUCUAGCUCAUUCCCUCUUCACGCACCCCCUUAUUUCCCAGCUGCAGUCCCCUUUCAACGACCCUUCCCAAACCUCCCACGAGUGGACCCUCCUUCUUCUAAUCCAGUUCCUCUACCUCCUCUUCCUCUUCGCCUUCUCCCUCCUCUCCACCGCCGCCGCCGUCUUCACCGUCGCCUCCCUCUACACCUCCAAGGCCGUCUCCUUCUCCUCCACCCUCUCCGCCAUCCCCCGCGUCUUCAAGCGCCUCUUCCUCACCUUCCUAUGGGUCACCCUCCUCAUGAUCCUCUACAACUCCCUCAUCCUCCUCUCCUUGGUCCUCAUGAUCCUCGCCAUCGACACCGACAACUCCCUCCUCCUCUUCCUCGCUAUCCUCAUCGUCCUCACUCUCUUUUUAGUCGCCCACGUCUACAUCACCGCCCUCUGGCACCUCGCCUCCGUCGUCUCCGUCCUCGAGCCCGUCUACGGCCUCGCCGCCAUGAAGAAGUCCUACCACCUCCUCAAGGGCAGGCUCCGGUUCGCCGCUGUCCUCGUCUCCGCCUAUUUGGUCGCCUGCGGGGUUAUCUCCGGUGUUUUCAGCGUGGUUGUGGUGCACGGUGGGGAGGACUAUGGGGUUUUCACCAGAAUCGUGGUGGGAGGGUUCCUUGUGGGGCUUUUGGUGAUUGUGAACUUGGUGGGGUUGUUGGUGCAGAGUGUGUUUUACUAUGUUUGCAAGAGUUAUCAUCAUCAGGGUAUUGAUAAGAGCGCGUUGCAUGAUCAUCUUGGUGGGUACCUUGGAGAAUACGUGCCUCUUAAGAGCAGCAUUCAGAUGGAGAAUUUGGAUGUAUGACACGACACGCACGCCACGGGAAUUACUGUUUGUAAGUUUGGUUUCUCUGUUGUUGUUGUGUUGUUGUUGUGGUCGUGUAAUGGAAAAUUCAUGGAAUAGUGUACAAUGUUGGGAGACUAAUUAAUCAAUGACACUAUUAGAUUGUGUGCUGAGUACUUAGAGUUUUUGUGUUUGUGUAGUAGUAAUAGUAGUGAUGUCUCCAUUUGUUGCUUUAAAUAAGCAAUUUGUGAAGUUGAACCAAUCCUAUUAUCCUUGUUUGACACUAGCUCA